AUGGCCCGCCAUGGGAAAGCGAAGGCCCGCGUCAAGCGGGGCCCAAAGAUGGCGUCCAAGCCAUCGCCACAUCAAUUUACCAUGCAACAGGAGGCGCUCAACACCGAGACACACACUCGACUAUGGUCAAAUAGUAACCUUCGCCACAAGGCUGUCAAAUUUGUGAGCGCAGGUGAAUUGCAACGGAGCGAACCCGAAGAUGCCAGCCCGGACGAUCGUCGUGAGCCUAGUCAAACAGAGGCCGGCCCGGAGGCGACAAAGCCCGAGAUAGAAGAGCCCUGGGUCCCGACCGACGAUGUCCUCGAAGGCACCUUCUUUUUCGACUCAACAGGGCAACAAACCAUCGAUACAGGACUUCCAAACCCAACGCCGCGAUCAGAACCGAGCGACUCCGAUGACUCAAGCGAGGAUGAAGUUGUUUUUAUGGGGCGCAAGAAUAACCAGAAGCCUAUUGUGAUAGAAACCGACAACAAUGAGCUCCAGGGAAUACUGCGCACUGCAUCCGAAAACCGUCUAACACCCGUCGAUCUGGAGGUGAAUACACCUACGCAUUCGGACGUCCUGUCAGAACACGGUCAAAACAUCACCUCGCCAGACAUGCGACAAAGAAGCGGUUAUUCCGAGGAGGAAAACGAUCCGCUAGCGGACUAUAUCGCCAAUAUGGAUCGUCAUUACCAUUCAAACGAGGGCUCGGAUUCCUACGUACAUAUCGAAGCAGGAGGGGGCAUUGGCGUUCGCCAUGCUCCUGCAGACCCAGGGUCGCUGAGUUCCAGCAUCCUUGAACCCGAAGCCGAACUGGCAAGAGCCCGUGCAGAAGAGAACGACGAGGCUCAAGUCCAAAGCUCGAUCAAUGUCUUGUCUAGAAUGUACCUCGAUACGGAACCGGAAGCAGCCGUAAGCUCAGACGACGACCUUGCCGAGUUAGACUCCGGCGAUUCCGAUUUGGACAUGGAGGAAGGAGAUAUUGACACUGAGCUUCUUGAAGAGCUUGCCAUCAGGUACUCCACGCAGAGGACCAAUGGUAGCCGUCCGGGGAAUCAUGGAUUCGCGUCGGCGACAGCAUUUGCAGACGCACUCGAGGCUGACCCUUAUUAUGGCCUUGAUAUCAUGGACUUCAAGAGGCCCAGCCUGCAGAAAAAGGGCAAAGGCAAAAAAGCACCUGCGCUGGAUCUAAUGCUUUCCGACAGCGAUCUCGAAUUUAACCUGCAAGAGGCAUGGCAAACCGACCGCAAGAAAAAGAAGGCUAAGAAGAAGGAACGAGAAGAGCUUCGCUCUCAAGGAUUACUGGGCAGAGACUCUGGGGAUGCGGACUUGAAGGUCAAGUACUCCAAGGGGAUGAACCUGGAGGAAUUGAUAACUGAAAUGCGAACUUUCCUACUGUCAUCCAAGACCAGUCUAUCGCUGCCACCCAUGAGCAAGAACCAUCGAAAGACGAUACAUGAGCUGGCUAAUGCCUUGAAUCUGAAGUCGCAAUCCCGCGGCAAUGGGCCUGCGCGGUUCCCAAUACUCGUCAAAACCUCUCGCACCCCAUCGUACACGCCCAAAACCAUUUCCAGAGUCGACCAUCUGUUAUCCGGGCGAAAACUGAAUCGCCGGCUUUUCCACUCCUGGGGCUCAGAUGGGCCGAAACCAACCAAGAGCAAGCGAGGAGCCGUCGGUGGAGCCGUCUCGUACAUGGAGGGGGAUGUGGUUGGUGCCUCUGCGCCAGAGAUCGGAGCAGAGAAUCGGGGGCGAGCAAUGUUGGAGAAAAUGGGAUGGAGCAGCGGCACUGCACUCGGAGCCUCCAAUAACAAGGGUAUCCUUCAGCCCGUUGCGCAAGUGGUGAAGAACUCUCGGGCCGGUCUUGGAUAA